AUGCAAAACCCAUCCAUAGUAUUGUAUGGACCGAAGAACGCAAGGAUCGAAGAUAUCGCAGUACCAGAGGUCCAUUUCUGGCACUACGGCGGCAUCGGCAAAAUGAUAGACCCCACCACCGGCAUCGUAAUGGGCCACGAAGCCUCCGGCAUAAUCCACUCCGUCGGCCCAUCUGUCAAAAGCGUCAAACCGGGAGAUCGCGUAGCUAUCGAACCAGGCAUACCAUGUCGUAUUUGCAAAGCGUGUAAAUCUGGUGUGUACAACAUGUGUCGCGAUAUCCGGUUUGCUGCGGCGCCAGGACCGCCUGAUACGCAAGGUACGCUAUCGAAGUACUUCCGCAGCGCGGAGGACUUUGUGUACAAGAUUCCCGAUAAGAUGGGGUUGGAUGAAGCGGUGCUUGUUGAGCCGCUCGCGGUCGCUGUGCAUGCGGUCAAACUGGGUGAUGUGAAGCCUGGCGAAACGGUCGUGGUAAUGGGGAGCGGGACGAUCGGGCUGUUCUGCGCAGCGGUCGCGCGUCAGUUCGGUGCGCAUCGCAUUAUCAUUGUCGAUAUCCUGGAAAAGAAGCUAGAGUUUGCGGCGAGCUACUUGAAGUGCGAGACCUUCCGCUCGUCCCUCGACGCAAGUCCAGAAGACAACGCCGAAACGCUACUCAAGAAGUUCGACUUGGUGGAGUAUGGCAUCGACACGACUGGCGGGCUUGUCGACACUGUCAUCGAAGCUUCUGGUGCGACAACGAGUAUCGAUAUGGGCAUCAACCUUGUGCGCCCGGGUGGGAAGUAUGUUCAGACCGGGCUUGGGAAGCCGAAGAUCGAAUUUCCGAUUGUGGCUAUGGGCCAGAAAGAACUCAUGGUGAGGGGGUGCUUCAGAUAUGGUGCCGGGGAUUACGAGCUUGCGGUAGGGUUCUUAGAGAAGGGAUUGAUCGACGUGAAGCCGUUGAUCAGCUCGCUGACGCCGUUUGAGAAGGCGACCAACGCAUGGGAAAAGACGUCGAGAGGAGAGGGUAUCAAGAAUUUGAUUCGAGGGGUGGAGGGCUGA